AUGACUGAAACGCCAAUCAUUUAUGUUCUACAGGACGAUUUCGAAUGCAUCUGCAAAAAAGACUCCGUGUGGGACCAGUCAACACAGAGCUGCAAGCCAAUUAAUCCCUGUUUUCCAAAAGGCUAUGUACCCUGCUCCAAAGAGGGAACUAUAUCAUGUGUCGCCCUGAAUAUGCAAACUCCCCUCUGUAUCUGCAAACCUGAAUAUACGGGGAAAGAUUGCGGGCAGCUGCGAAAUGCCUGUUUGAGACGAUUUAAUAAAACGGAUGCCAAUGGAAACACAAACUGCGGUAUUAUCCAGGGAAAUAUCUGCAACCCAAUUUUGGGAACUGACUUCUACAAAUGCCUUUGUGGUAUGGGGUGGGUCGCAUCUCCGACACUGCCUUAUGAUAACUGUGAUGUCUUGAAUGAUCCCUGUAAUAAUGUGGCCAUUGAUGAGGUUGACGGGACAACUGCGGAGACCAAUUCGACCGUAAAUUCUAAGAAAGGGCCACGAAUAGGUGCAACAAUUGACUGUCAGAAUGGAGGAUUUUGCUCAAGUUCGCCUGAUAAUUCUAAGGCAGCUUGUUUAUGUCCUUCAACAGCAUCGGGUGAACAAGGAUUUACAGGCGCUUUGACUGCUUGUUUUGCUUGCACUUAUUCAGGAACUUAUUGUGAAAUCCCCCGGGGAAUGUGGUCCGGAUGGACAAAAUACAGCGACUGCCGCGAUAAGGACUGUGGAAUCAGUCGAUAUAAGUGGCGCAGACGUCAAUGUCUCAACGACACUGUCACGAUCGAUAACCCAGACAUGAAUCCAGAGAAGAACUCCAUUAAUUGCUUUGGUAUCUCCGAGGAGCAUCUGAUCCAUGCAAAUGGGUUUCGAUCUAAAGAUUUCGUCGAAGAAACGAGGCAAAUUCCUGUUCAUUCUAUUUGUACUCCAGCUCAACCUAUGCUUCGAAACUGCGAGGAUAGCGUUCCUUGUGAAACAUACCGACUCUCAGGUUACUAUCGUCGAGAAAUCUUCCACUUUCCUACUCUCCACACGUUUCUGAUCUUUUUACUGAUUGAACUGAUAGUCACUUAUCUCUUGUACAAAACUUGUGGAUUCUGGUUGGUAAGGUCUAUCCUACGGGGAUUCGAGUCUUUGAAGGCCAAAAGGGCAGCCCGCCAUGCCUUGGGUACUCAAAAAGCCGUAACAUAUGUCUGUGAAGAGAUAUCACGAAACGAAGCACAGAAUAUUCUCACCAGGACCCCAACACCUCAGCUAUUCAUUGAUGGCAGAGUUGAAUCACGAUCAGGUUCUCCGGAACGCUUAGACAAUGAACAAUACCUUGCAAUAAUACGCCAACGAAUAAUUCAGCGUAUUCUUGAGGUGGUUGAGAAGAAGGAAAAAGAAAAAGUUAAGUUUUAUAGAGAACUAAUAUUUUCAAAGGCCCGAAGAAUGGGGAAGUCCACGAUAUGUACUCUACUUGGGUGGGCCAUUUCAAGCGUACGGUUCACUACUACCUUUGUGAGGACAUUUAGAGCUGUCAUCAGAACGGAAACAAGUCGGCCGCCUAAUGAGAAAACAGUUGAAUUAACGGGUGAGAGAAAAGGAAGAAUUCCAGGUGCCCUGACAAGACAGUUAGCCAUAAUCUCAAGUGGCAGGAAAGACCACCAGGUAGGUGGAGAAAGGAGAACGCUUUCCAAUCUAAAAGAAGGAACUAAGCAAGCAGGCAAGACCUUAGUUGGAAAGGUGGAGGAAAAAACUCUCUCGAUGGUGAAUUUGCUAGGCUCAUACCUGCCAAAAUCGCCAAGUAAGUCGAGGGAAGACACUGCAGUGGUCAAGGACACGACGUGCACUUCGGAGAACUUGGUGGUGGAGGAAGAGGAGGAGGAGGAGGGGAUUAAGGGAGAGAAGAAACGUGCAGUCUUGACGGAUCAGAAACCUGUGCCACAAAAACGACCCAGACGAAAAUCGAAACACAAAGCGUAUAUCUCGGAUACAUUGGAUCAAAUUUCAUCUAGCGAAUUCAAUACAGAUACUGACGAUAACGAUGACAAUGACAGGACGUUAACGCCUGAUCCUAUGCCUGAAACACAGCUGAAAGGAUCGAAGCCCGAAGAAAAUACAAUUUCAUUACGUCCAUUUAUACCUGAAUCCCGUCAAAGUCAUAGGAAGCAUGGAAAGGAUUCUGAAGGAGUGUCAAAGCGAAUUGAACGCAAGAAAGAAACUCACUCAACUAAGAGGCUUCCUUCGAGAAAAGAUCUGAAUAAGCCCUCAGGUACUUUCCAGAUAAAUGCCGCCCAACGAUUCACUAGCACAACAGGAGAACACAAUUUACCGAAAAUUCCGGAAGAUAAAACCGUAACAGACGAUAUGCAUGCCCCAGUUCCUGUGACUUCUACUAACAGAAGAAUAAGAAAGACUACAUCCGCUGGAGUUUUUGAAAAAGGAGGAAGAAAUAUGGAAGCUGGUGAGUCUGGUGGUCCGAGUGGUCUACCUCCACGUCCAAUUAGAACGACAAGUUAUCCUCAAACUCGCUAUCCUCCAGCAGUAGUCGAAGUUUCCUUAGAAGAUGAAGAUGAUGAGGCGAAACAUUCGAGAAAGCAUGUUACAGCGAAACCAGAUGAAAAGCAAACUCAAAAAUGA